AUGAUUCUGAAGGAACACCUUUUGAGCAUUCGAUUUCUGUCGCCAAGCUUCAUCAGAGCUAGUUUAUUGAUCGCGAUUCACCUGAUUCAGUACUACAUCGAAAGUUUGUGGCACAAGUACUGUCCCGUGUUUGCCCGCCCGGUGGUGAAGAUUGAUGCUGGGAAGCUCCGAGGGCUGAGUCAACGGCUUUCCAAUGGGAAACCGUAUCACUUUUUCAAAGGCAUUCCGUACGCUGAGCCUCCGGUUGGAGAGUUACGGUUUAAGCCACCUGUUGCGUUGGAGCGAUUUGGCGAACCAAUUCUGGAUUGUUCCGUCCAUCGAAGUUGGUGCAUGCAGUUGACAUUUCCCAUGAACAUCGUUAUAGGAUCGGAGGAUGGACUGUUUCUGAACGUUUAUACGCCGGAGCUACCUGGUGAUCAAGUUGAAUCCAUGAAGAGACUUCCAGUGAUGAUUUACGUACGGGGAGCUUUCCAAGAAGGAGCUGGCGAUAGUUUCGUGUACAAUCCACUACCGUUGCUUGAGGAAGGCGUAGUUGUCGUUACGCUGAACUAUCGUCUCGGUCCUUUAGGGUUCCUGUGUUUGCCUGAAGCCGGAAUCUACGGUAACAUGGGACUGAAGGAUCAGCGAAUGGCAUUCAGAUGGGUACAGCAGAACAUUUCUAAUUUCGGUGGAGAUCCGAACAAUGUUACAGUAUUUGGCGCAAGUGCAGGAAGUACAUCCGUUCAGAUGCAUUACCAGUCGGAACAGUCCAGACAAUAUUUCCAUCGAGUAAUUGGGCAAAGUAUUAGCGGUUUCACACAUCCAUACUUUCAAGUUCAACCAGAGGAGAAGGCUAAAAAGCUGGCAAAAUUAUUGGGAUGUAAAGAAAGCUCCACUCAGGAUUGUUACGAAACGCUCAUGAAGGCUUCUGCUCGACGAAUCGUUCGACUGCAAAACUUUGUCCACAACGAGGCGGAGAAAUCCCAACCGUACAAGUUUUACUUCCGACCAGUUGUAGAGGUAAAACAUGCCUUAGACGCCAUAAUCACCGAUCGUCCGGAAGAUAUCGUCAAGCGAUACGACACCAUGACGAUGCCCAUCAUGACCGGUGGCAAUACGGCCGAGGGUUCCCUGACGGCCUUCAUGUUGCGGGGUCGCAUGAAGGAAUUUGAUCGCCAUCCAGAACGGCUUAUUUCACUUCUCCUUGACGAUGCCGAGAUUCCGGACCGUGUUGGGCUCGGGAAGCUCAUCAAGCAGUUCUACUUUGGAAGGCAUGCUGACUUCUUGAUCCAUCAGGCAGUUACAGCAGAGUGGAUCGCUCGGAAUCAACCCAGAGUUAAGCACUACUACUAUCUGUUCUCCUUCAGUGGCAGGUGGAGCUUGAUGAAACAUUUGCUCGGAGUGCCUCAAAUUGUUGGAGCCUGCCACAUCGAGGAUGUUUUCUACAUGUUCAACUCCUACUUCCUGCCGGCAAUCUCCGAAAACAGCGACGAAAUGAAAAUUAAAAAAUCGUUCAUUAAACUGUUUUCCAACUUUGCCAAGUACGACGAUCCAACGGCGCAAGGAUUUGAACACAGUCAGCUGAAAUGGCAGCCGGUAAAAAGUUGUGACCAGCGCUCCGAUGGCUUCGACAUGGACUGCUUGCUGAUCGAUAAGAAUCUCAAAAUGGUGCGGAAUCUUAACCGGGAACGCGUUGAGCUAUGGCGAGGACUGUUCAAAAAGUAUAAAAAUGGGUAUUUGUACGAGCAGGGAAAAUCACUGCUGAAUUGUUGA